AUGUCGCAACACCCUCAGUCGGCCAAGCGCAUGCGCAGCAACACGUCCAACGUCGACUUCACCCCGCAGACGGCGCCCGCCCUCAGGACACGACCGCACCAUCUGACCGCCGGCCACGGCCACGGCCACGGCAACGCCCACGACCACGGCAACGCCCACGACCACGACCACCUGCCCGUUCCCGGCCCCGGCCCCGGCGUGGGCUUGUACACCCCGACCGUCUACAAUGCCAGCUUCGCCACCAUCCCCUCCACCCGCCAGGACGUCGACUACGCCUCCUACGUCGCCCCGGCCCAGCACAAUGGCUACCCCGCCGCCGCCUACCCGGACGCCUACGACCCGCUGCCACACGGCAACAGCUACACCAUAGCAUACGGCCAGCCUCCCCCGACCAACUACAAUCCCUCCCAUGGCGGCUACUACAGCCCCGGCCUGGUCGCCGCCGCCCAGAACGGGCCUUACUCGCCCGUGACCGCACGCCAGUCCACCUCGGCAGGUCCCGAAACCUACUCGCCCUCCCCGAUCCCCGGAAGCAGCACCGGUGCCUCCUAUACCGACUUGCAAGCACACUCCACGACCCCCAUGCCGCAGCAGAACCUCCAGCAGCAGUACGAGGAUGCCUAUGGGUCCCAACCUGUGGUACACAGCUCGGCCAACCACGUACAGAACAUGUCGUAUGUGGACCCGACUGUGAGUGCUCAGUACAGCCACCCGUCCAUCGAGCAGCCAAACGACAACUUGCCCGCGGCAUUACAGAGCCCGGAGAGCUCGUCUGAGGAGGAAAGCGAGAGUGACGAAGAUGCCCAGGGCGAAACCGCGGACGAGGCCGAAUUGAGUGCCGAGCUCCCAGCGCUCCCCACUCCAGGUCCUGCCCUGACUCUCAACCCGGCCCCGAAAUACAAGAAAACGUCACACAGCGAGCCUGCCAAACCCCCAGACUCGAAAUGUGCCUGCAAGAAGGGCCGAGGCAAGAAGAAGGCUUGUACAUCGUGCGCUUGCAGUAAAUAUGGCCGGAAGUGCGGGAAAAUGUGCUCCUGCGGCACUGCCUGUGGCAACCCGUUCCAGGACCUGACAGCAUUUUUCGGGCCCUCAGCAAGGUUUCCGAAACCCUGCGACGCGAACGCCUGCUUCGCGACUUGGCUCUCGAACCAGCCGAACAUCGAAGAGCUCGAUGUCGACCUGAUGGUGGACAUGCUGCUGUAUGAUGACUCAUCGUGGGCGUCGAUUCGAGGACACACCCCGGCCUUGAAAGACUGGGAGGACAGGUGGCUCAAGGCGAAGAACUCCAAGUCGAAAAAGCUCAAAGAGGACCGAGAGCGCCUAGAAUUUGAGCUGCUGCGCGGGGCCCUGGGCAAUUGCAACCCCAAUGACUUUCACGGCUACUGGUACAGCUUCUGCAAAGGCCAGUGGGUGCCGAUGGACAACUGGGAACACUGCAGGGAGUGCAAGGCGUGCGCUCCAAGCAGCGAGUGGCAUUGCGAACAGCAUGGCCAGUGUACGGUCAACCGUACCUGCGCCGGAUGCACCGGGACCGCGACAACGUCGUAUCCCGAGAUGGCUGCGUAUACAGUGGCGGCAUAG